AACUAUUCAUUUGCUCUACUACCUACCUACCAUAUACAUUAGGACAUAAUAUAAUUUAUAUACAUCAAAUGUAAAGAAUUUAUAAAACUAUGAUAACGUUCUUUUAUGAUAAGGCAGCCAAAUGCCUUACUGCAGGGAAGCGCUCGUUCGAAUAUUGAUGUGUUAUCAAUAAAAACGGCGGUUACAAAAUGAUUGAUAACGGUAAUAAAUUAUCUUUCGUUGAAUAUUACGCUGUCAGAUCGCGCUAUAGAUGCUUUCAUACUCCAUGUUAUGUUGUUCGGUUUAACGGUUUUUUUUCGUCGUCGACUGUUCAUUAUAGUGCGAACAUUGAGUACUGCGAAAUGACAUUGUAAAUUUUUAGUAAAUUCAAAUUUGUGGCCGUGUUCUUUAACUAUGGUGAUAUUAGCAGAUUAAGAUAUUUAAAUCCUUGAUUACUUUUCGAGUGAAAAUCGGCCGUCACAAUGGAACCAGCUGCGGAAUCAAUAUCUGUACGGUCUAUGCGCCUUAAUGAUAUGCUCGCAGGUCCGACCAUAAUGGCCACUUCGUCUUUGAACAAAGAAUUAUUGUUCGAUGCGUUCAUACUGCUGUUUGAUGAGUGCAACAACGAAUUCAUGAAAACAAAUUCGAUUAUUGCUAACUUUGUAAACAAAUUUAAAAUGAUUAUACCAGAGUUAAAGUCUCUUAGAGUCAAUCGUUAUGAUUUUGAAUCUAAACAAGUAAUCGGCAAAGGACAUUUUGGAGAAGUUGAAUUAGUCACUGAAAGACAUACCAAAGAUGUUUUUGCCAUGAAAGUGUUAAAAAAAGAAAAUCUGCUUAACAAACGAGAUAUUUCUUUUUUUGAAUAUGAAAGAGAUAUUAUGGUUUCUUCAAGCUCUCCCUUUUUAACAAAAUUACAUUAUGCUUUUCAAGAUUUUAAAAAUCUCUACCUUGUCAUGGACUAUCAUCCUGGGGGUGAUUUUGCCAAUUUAAUUGAUAAAUUUAAUGGUUCAUUGCCAGAAGAAAUGUCAAAGUUUUAUAUUGCAGAACUCUUAUUAGCAGUUAAACAUUUACAUACUAUGGGAUUUGCUCAUCGUGAUAUUAAACCUGAAAAUAUGAUGCUGGAUCGUGUUGGACAUUUAAAAUUAGUUGAUUUUGGUUCUUCAGCAAAACUCAACCGUGAUGGAAAAAUAUGCACUCGUAUGCCUGUUGGUACAUCUGAAUAUUUAGCACCUGAAGUUUUAUUAUUUAUGCAAUCAAAUUUAAAGACUAUGGAUGGUUAUGGACCUCAAUGUGAUUUGUGGUCCGUUGGUAUUGUUGCGUAUGAAAUGGUUACUGGAGAUACACCUUUUAAUUCAGAGCAACAAGCUGUUAUUUAUUCAAACAUAUUAAAAUUUGACAAUAUAGUAAAGUAUCCUUCUUUACAGAAAAUAUCAUCAUCUUAUAAACAAAUGAUUGAAUGUUUGGUAUGUCAUGUAGACAAAAGAUUUACUGUUGAUAUGAUGUUAGAUUUGGAAAUUUUUUCAAGAAUAAAUAUCAACACUCUACAAGAUCAAGUUCCCCCAUAUAUUCCAUCACUUUCAUCUGAUAAUGAUGUUUCUAAUUUUCCAAUACAUGAACGAGUGUGUCCAGCACUUAAUAUAAACGACUUAAAGAAACAAAAACAAUUUUCUGGUAGAGAACUUCCAUUCAUUGGCUUUACUUAUAGCUUGCAAGUAUCAAAGCGAAACCAAUCAUAUUUUAUGUCUAAUAACCCUGAACUAGAAAUAUCUAUUAGAAAUAAACGAAAAGAAUUAGAGGAUGCUCAAGUUUUGAUUCAGGCUUAUGAGGAAAAAUUAGCAGAAUAUGAUGAAUUAUUUGCUGAAAAUGAAAAAAAGAUUAAAAAGAUGGAAGAAGAAAAUGUUGUAUUACAAGUAGAUGUGACUUCUUUGAGUAGUGAAUUAGGUAGAUUGACUAAAAUUAGUGAAACUAGUGACACUAGUCAUGAAGAUAUUAAUACUAUAGAAAAAAAACAAGCAGAAAUGGUUAAAAAUGAGAUUGAUAAAUGGGAAAUUAAAACAAUGAAUGAAUUAUAUAAUAUUGAAGAAUUAAAAGUACAAAAUGAAGAUUUACAAGCACAGAAUACAGAAUUACAAUCACAAUUAUCUAAACAUCAAGAAGAUAUUAAACGUUAUCAAACCACAGAAAAUCAGCUUCAAAAAAAAAUUUUAAAGUAUAAAUCAAAACUGAGGCAUAUGGAACGACAUUCGAAACAAUUAACUGAAGAAAACAAUAUUGAUAAUCAAGUUGCUACAUUAAUGAAUGAAAUAAAAAUUAAAGAAGAUGCUUUUGGCGUUGAAAAAAAUCAAUUAAAUAUUGAUAAUCAAAGUCUUAAAAAAAAAAUUCUUGUCAUGGAAAAAGAUUUAGAUAAUUUGAAUUCAAAAGUAUCUGAGUUUGCUAAAAAAGAAGCUGCUAUGAUUUCUGAACAUAACAACAAAUGUAAAAUAAUGUCAAUUGAUUUUGAAUCUAAAUUAAAUUCUUUUAAUCAAGAAAAAGAUAAAGAAAUUGAAAAGUUACAUGCUAGAAUAGCCCAGAUGCAACAACAAUUUAGUGAAUCAUUAAUCUCAUUUGAAAAACAUGAAACUGCUAUUUCUACAAAAGAAAAUACUGAAAAAGAGUUUGAAUCUGAAUUAAAAAAUCGAGAACAGGAAAUUCGUGAUUUAAAAUUAGACUUAAGGAUACUACAAAGAAAAUUGAAAACAAGUGAAGAUACUAUUAUAAGUUUAAGAGAAUACCACAAAGAUUCAAGAAAUAAUUUCAAACAGGAAAUCGCUAAAAUCCAAGAAGAAACUAAUUUGCAGAUAAAAAAUAAAGAUAAUGAAUUGACAACACUAAAGGAUAAUAUUGAAAAUCUCAACAAAGAUUUAGAAUCGUUACAGUUAAAACUUGAAAAAGAAAUAGCUGAACGUCAAAGACUAGAUGGAGAAUUAUCUAAGUUAAAUAAUGAAUCAAAGAUUUGGAAUAGUGAAAAAUCUGCUCUUGAAAGACAAAUUUUAGAGUAUAAAACCAAAUUUAAUAAUAGUGAAAGAAAUAUUAAGACAUUACAAGAUCUGAUUACAGUUCAAGAUGAGCAACUUGAGGGAUUUGAAGAUACCAUUUUGACAUUAAAAAAUAAAGAAAAACAGCUAUUGGAUGAUAUUAAAAUUAAACAAAAUGAAAACGAAAAAACUCGUAAUGAAUUACGUGAAGCUAAAAAAAUGUAUAACGAAGAAAAAUCAAUGCGUAUAUUAGCUGAAAGUAGAGGUAAAACUAUGGAAUGUGUACAAGAUAAUGUUAAAGCUGAAUUAAAAUUAUUAACCGAUAGAGUUCAUGAAAAAAAUGUAGAAAUAGAUUCACUGAAAAAACAGUUAGAUGAAGUUAACUCCAAUUUGAGAGAUAAAAGUACUACAUUCUAUACCUUGCAAAUUGAAUCUGAAAAAGCUACAAAAGAAUUAAAUAGAGUUAAGACUGAAAUUUCUGAAAUAAUUACUCAAAAACAACUUUUGAAAGAAGCCAAUGUUCGAUUAACUGCUCAAUUAGAAGCUAUGGUUGAAGAUUCAAAUGUAAUGCAAAAUGUUAUUUCAAAGUAUAAAAAUGGUAUAAUGGAACAAAAAGUAUAUUAUGAAGAACGUUUAAUUAAAGCAGAUGCUACUAUUCUUCAACAAACAAAGCUUAUUGAUUUCUUGCAAACAAAGUUUGAUGAAGUAACAAAAAAAAAGAGGACUCUUGGUGAUAUGUUGUUUAGUGGUAAAAAUAAAGAAAAUAUUGACCAAAAAGAAAUUGAAUCAUUAUUGAAUUCUGAAAGAAGUAAGUCUAAAGAUCUUGCAACUAAACUUUAUCAGACUCAAGCAGAAUUGAAUAUGAUAAAGACACAAGGUCCGCUGACAACACAUUUAGCACCUACUCGUCUUCAUUUUGAAUCAAAUUCUCCUGCCUACAAUAAAUCUACUAAUUCUGCAGUAUUUCAUAGUUUUGAAGUAAAUAUAUGCAAACGUGGUGGAUUACAAUGUUCAUACUGCAAAAAUGAAAUUAUGAAUGGACAACAAAUUAGUCAAUGUCAAGAAUGUAGAGUAUCAACACAUGUAACUUGUUCACAUGAGUUACGACCUGAUUGUACUCCGUUACCAAAAGAAAAAAUAGCUACUGCACCUGUUAUUAAUGACUCUGAAAAAACAUCUAAAAUUGAUUCAUGGGUGACUAUUUGGGACAAUACAAAACAGAUUUGGGAUCGGAAGUAUGCAAAAUUUGAAAACGGGAUAUUACAAAUUCUUAAUGAUAAAUAUGACAAGCAAUCAUUCUAUACUUUACCAUUAAUGAUGACUUCUAACAUUGUUAAAGUUGUUGAUAUUGCAGAAUCGAAUGAUUCUACAUUUGAUAAAAAUACCAAUGAAGAUUAUGACCAAAUGUUUAAAAUAGAAGUAUACAAUUUGAACUCUGGGUGGAUGACUUUAUUUUUAUACAUAAUUGUAUCAAGCGUGUCUGAAAAAUUAAAAUGGAUAAAUAUAAUUAGAGAAUUCUUAGAAAACAGUGAAUGUAUUGCUCAAGCACAACCUAAUCAUGACUACAAGGAUAUUAUUUACACAUUCCAGAAGGAUAAUCUUAUUAAUGUUAACUGUGUUCAACAAAUAUCACAAAGUGUAUUCUUGUUGGGUGCUGUUGAAGGAUUAUUUUCAGUUCAUAUAAAAACUCAGCAUGAACAAAUUAAACAUGAUCUCAUCCCUAUAAUUGGACCAAAAUUAGUUAAAGAUAUUGUUUUUCUGCCUAAACUACAAUUAGUUUUAAUGAUAGCUGGAUCCACAAAAGAAAUUCUAAAAUGUAACAUGAGAACUGUAACUCUUAAUGCAGAAUUAAGUAUUAUGUCAAAACCUGUUAUUGAAGUAGUACGGAUCAUAGAUGAAAUUCGCCAAAGUCAACCAUCCAAAAGUGGUUUAACAAUGUCAGAACUUAAAGAAGUUAACUGUAUUUCUGCUUCUCGAUGUAAUGAAAUAGUAGCUAUAGGUUCUGAACAUAAUAUUACUGUUUUGAAAUGGCAAGAUACGCAGUUUAUUGUAACAAAAAUUCUAAAAACCAAUGUCUCAACAAAAUGUAUUUGCUUUAUGCCUACUGGAAUUAUAUUUACUACCAAUAGUUUUUAUAAAAUUGAAAUAGAAAAUUUCAGCUGUAAAAGGUUUUUCACAGACUCAAUUGCUAAAUCACAUGAUUAUCGGCCAAUGUUUGUAUGUGAAUUAACAAAAAACAAGGAAUACCUAUUAUGUUAUAAUGUGUAUGGUGUGUUUGUUGAUGCUGAUGGCAAAAAAACACGUAGUGGUGAAAUGAAGUGGCCAUACAGCCCAAAUAGUUUUGCUUUCAAAAAACCAUUUUUAAUAAUUGUAUCUGAAUCUGAAAUUUCUAUUAUAAAAAUCACCCAGUCGUGCUGUAUUGAUGAAGACACAUGGAGUAUUACAUCAACUAAACAACCCAAAGACCAAGUAGUUUUAAACAUUAAUCAUCCUACACUUCUAGGCGGUAGUGAUAUAUUUUUGAAGAAUACAAAUGAUUUCCAAGGUACUUGCAGUAUAUUUCAAUUGGAACCAUCUAAGAUUAUUAGAAAUUCUGUGGCUUCAAGUGAUACUUUAGAUACUUUAGACACACAAGACACAUGUGAUGAAUCAGAGUUCAGUUUUACAUCCUCUAUGUUGGAAAACUUAGAUGAAGAACAAAAACCAGGAGAAAAUACAAAAAAAGUUUGUUUUAGUUCUGAUGUUCAAUACAACAGUACUUAAGUAAUUGUUUUUAUUUAUUUUUAAUCAUAAUUUAUU